GUACGUAGAGGGCAGCAAACACUUUGUGAAUUUGAUAGAUUUUCCAGGACCAGGUAGUUUGACACUAGCAGUCCUGCUGAACCACAGUGUAGAAGUGGAUGGUAUUGUGCCUAUCAACUAUACAACUCAGCAAUGCAACAUGGGACUAACAUGCAUAUGACGACUAGGGGUGCUUCAAUGAUGGAAGAACAUAAUGAAGGGAGUAGUCUCUCAGACAUCUUCAAAGAAGCCCUUUGCAAUCGGGAACAUGGGAUACUCCAUCUCAACUACAAAGGACUGGUGCAGUUCCCUCCUCAGCUAACCAGUCAAGAUGACUAUGCACACAUCCAGGUUAUCUAUGCCAAGAGAAACUUGAUCACCCAUCUUCCCUAUGAUAUUCAUCGGUUGACAAGCCUGAAAAUUCUAUAUCUUCAUUCAAACAACUUGUCAUCUCUUCCCAAGGAAAUGAGUCUGAUGAAGUCCCUGGAAUCUCUGGACCUGAGUCAGAAUCUCUUCACCAGGUUUCCUGAUAUUUUAUGUCGCUGUACCGGCCUUAAAGAGUUGUACAUGACAGUUAACCGUCUCUCAUCUCUGCCUCCAGAAAUUGGAGAUCUAAAGGGGCUGACAAUCUUAAACCUGAUGGAUAACCAACUAGAAAGCAUCCCAUCAGAGAUCGGGCUGUGUUCCUCCUUAGAAACCCUUCACCUGGAUAGGAACAAGCUUACUACCUUACCUAGGCAACUCAUCACAUUGAACAAUCUCAAAGAACUAUCUGUAACAGGCAAUAAUCUCCUAGUCUUGCCCAUGAGAUUGGGCUGGCUACCAAAUCUGCAACAUCUAUAUGUUGACAGUAAUCCAAGACUAUGCACGAUACCCUUCACGUUACACAGCAAGCAGAUAGGAGUCUGUAGGUGCGGCUCAGCCAAGCCUCCAGGUAAUAGAUGCAUUCAGAUUGGUGGGCUACAUGGAGUUCUUCCUUCAGAGAUACAGGUCUAUCAUGAUGAGAGAACAUCCAUCAAUCUACCAAGUACUCUUCUUGAAUUAGCAUUGAAUGCUGUAUACCAUCAUAAGGACAUCCUGGACGUUGAUUCCAUGCCCAAGAGUCUUGCUGACCUGAUUGCUUGCCCCACUGCCCACUGCGUUGCCCCAUCAGGAUGUGAAAAACUCAUCUUCACAGAGGCCUAUGUGCAUUUCCUUCAGAUACCUUGGAUUCAGCAGUUCACACUCGGUGGCAACAGCAAUCUGUCUCUGACCGCCUUGUGCUGUUCCAUGAAGUGUUUGGAGAUGUUCAAGAAGCAUCCUGUCCCUACCUGAUACCUACAUGAACCCGUUGACUACCAAUUUCUAUAAAUCCCAUAGUCUUUGUGCAGGGACUACCUGAUCCCAGUAGGCAAAGGUUUGAUGUAGUCGGGAAGGAGUGAGAGAGGAAAGAGAUUGUGGAAAAUGUGGCAAACCACAAUAGAGAAUGUAUACAGUAGUCUUUUAGAGAAUUCUAUGUCUCUUUAACUACUGAUGGAAAGUUGAUUUGGAAAUCGUAAAACCAAAUCCAGGCUUUACCAUCACCUUCAUCUACAUUGUAUAUGCCUCAAUACAAGUGGAAGGGUGGUUUCUUGCCACUUGAAGUAAUACCAGGGCCCUGUAAAAUAAAGAUAUGAUCAAUUUUGUAAUUAAUUGUAACUGGAAGUCUAUGGCAAUCCAUGUACUAAAAAGUUACAAUCAAUCAUAAACAUUAAGCGUAUCUCUUUGUGUUACACCCCUAAGUGACAUAUGAAACCACUAUGCACAUGUACUAUGUUCAUGUGGUCAACUACAUGUAUAAAUACGGUCUGAGUACCGUUUUGCACAAUCAAUACUUGCCUGCUGAAAUUUUCAUAUAUUUAACACAUGUAUAGAAUGUUUCAUGUUCAGAAACAAUGUCAUGUACGCAUCAAUGUGAAGACAGCGUGAACAAAGGGAACUCCUUCAUUUUAGCAAAGAGAAAUUUGGCAUUAACAGUACUUCUUGAAGCUGUGUUUAAAAAAAAAAUAAUUCCAAAUUGCAUUUUCAAACUGAAUUUUUGACAUUCAUUCAAAAUGUGUGUUUCAAAAUACUUCAGAAUACUAAUACUUCCCUAUAAAUAAGCAUAAACAAAGUGCAUCUUCAGUCUCAAACUGAUAGUCGUUCUCAAUUUUUAUAUGUGCGAGACUUAAUAAGCAAUUAAUUUUUAUAUUACAUUGUAUGUCUGUGCCAUUCAUGUACAAAAUAUGCUUUCUUUGGACCAAUUAAAUGUUAUCUACCAAAUGUAUCACUGUCAUAUAUUGUAUGUUACAUCACUUUUUUGUGUACAGAUGGAUGUUCAGAAUUUGACUUACUUAUUGUUUAAGUAUCUGGUAUGCAAUUUUAGAAAUAAUGAGCUGUAAAUAGCCAACUAAAAAGAGUCUGUCUUUGUGAUAAAAGGAUUGUAUUCCUUGAUUUUUAAAGUUUUGUGUCAUAAUUAUUUUAUUCUUUAUUUUAUACUUUUUGAAUGUCUUUCAUAAACAUGUAGUUUGUUAAGAUAGAUAGAGGUUGAUCAGUCGACUUAAUAAUUUAAAAUCUUCUGAUAUUAAGAAGGCUAACAAUCGUUUGAAACAUGAAAACACUUUAUCUUGUGCAAUAUUAUUUCUUUUUUGUUUUACAAGAAAGUGACCAGUGAUGAACAAAGAAUCGAAUUGGGUGAAUUAAGGAAAUUGAAAUCAUGACAUGAGACUGAUGGUAUAGUUUCUCCUAUGUACUUAUUAAUCAGAGACUAAGGUUAACAAAAUAUGGCUGUGAGGCAAACCUCUACUCUGUCACCUGUUUUUACCAGGCUGGUAGUAGGAAUAUAUAGAAAGUAAUUACAGAAAUAUAUAUCCUACAAAAUAUGAAUUUCUUGAAGUUUUUAAUGUAUACUGCAACAUUACUGUACUUGUGCAAUUAUAAUUAUGUCUCUACAUUGGCGGCGGAAGCCAAUAAAUUUAGGGGGUGUCCACCUGAAAUUUUGGGAUGGACACAUGUAAAAAA